UUUUUAUUUUAAAAAGAAAUAAAAUAAAACAAAAAUAAUAUAAUAUAAUUAGGAAAGGGCCGCGUGGACGUAGCUGGACGUCUUGUGUGGCCAGAUGUGCAUUUCCCGCGGAUUUAGAUAUUUAUUUUUUCGAGGCUGCGUCUGCUUGAUCACCACGCUCUAUUAUGCGCGUGUUUGCACCUUCCAUUUGGUGCAGAUUUUGUAUUUCUUGUUUCGGUCCCAUGAAACCUGGUUUAUCAGCCUCCAUUGUUAAUAUCGGCUGUGUAGACGCUGAUGCCAAUUAGGAGAUGAACUGGUAAGAUAAUGUGAAAAUUGAACUACCUCAAUUCGAACUUCAUUUAUAUUAAAUUUAAUUAAAAAUUAAUUUAAAUAACUUAAAUUUAUUUUAAAUUUAAUUAUUAUUAAAAAAAAUCUAAACUCAUUUAAUUUUAUAAAUCCAUAAAAAACUUAACAUCGUCAUAUCAAAUCUAUAUCCGGCAGGUUACCUAACACAUUUAGUCCUGAAAAAAUGAAGAGAAACUCGUAUCGAUGAAAAACUAUGAGCAGCAUUUCGCUGAACCAACCCUGGCUCCGGCCUGACUUUGAUUUUGAAGAAAAAUAUGUUUGCAAUCACGCUUGACCAAAUUCAGAAAUACUGUCCUCACCCGAAUUUACAGCAGUCGCACAAACUUUGAAGUCCAUUUUAAUAUCCAAUGAAUUCCGCUCCUCCCCGCUCAACCACUCCAAAACUUCUCUGGAAGUAAGAAUUUCUGCCAUGCUAGGAUAAAAAACAUGGCUAAAAUAUCCUGUGAAGCCUGCCAAAAAUACACCCUUAGAGUCCCUUACCACAGCACCAAAAGCAGUGUUCCUUGAAUUUCUCACAACAGAUGCAUCCAAAUUACAUUUUUUACGGUUGUAUUGCGGCACCUGACAGAGACGGAUCUCCUGCCCGUCACCUGAGUUAUGCACUAACUGAUCACCAUCCCAAUUAGACAGAAAAGAGAAUGCGGAAGCCACCGGUUCUAUAGGUUAAGAUUUCAAAGUUGAAUUCUCUCACUGUUUGGACCAUUUUUAUUAUAUGAACAUUUAGCUUUCACCAAAACCGAAUUACCAAAUGGCUUCAUCUAGGGUACUAUCAAAUAAGAGUUUUAGGAGGAUGCAAUCAAGGAAAUCACAUUCCUGGUGGUGGGAUAGUCACAUCAGUCCCAAAAAUUCCAAGUGGCUUGCGGAGAAUCUUGAGGAAAUGGACCAGAGUGUCAGGCGGAUGUUAAAGCUAAUUGAAGAGGAUGGAGAUUCAUUUGCUAAAAAGGCUGAAAUGUAUUAUCAGAAGAGGCCAGAAUUAAUUUCUCAAGUUGAAGAGUUCUACCGCAUGUAUAGGUCUCUAGCUGAACGUUAUGAUCAUGUGACAGGAGAAUUGAGGAAGAAUAUUCCAUCAGAUCUGCAAUCCCAGGGCUCUGGCAUUUCUGAGGUUGUUUCUGAGCCAACCUCAGGAUGGUCCUCUCCUGUACCUGAACAGAGGCUGCCACAUCGUAAAUCUGGGACCCGAGCUGCUGGUUUUGAAUUCUUUCUUGGUUCUGGUGGAAGCAGCUCUGAUCUUCAGAAAGAAGAAGGAGAUGAAUCAUCUACUCUAUCAGAUUCUGAGUCAGAAUCUGAUGACUCCUCAGUAAACAAUUACUCAGGUCUACUAGGGAAUGGUGGUGAUCAAGCACAGAACAGAAAGAUAAUUGAAUUAGAGAUUGAGCUACGUGAAAUGAAAGAGAAACUCUUGAUGCACCGGGAGGAUAAUGGAGAUGGCUCUUUUAGAGAGGUGAGGAAUGAGAAUUCUGAGGAGCUUGCUAGGAUUGUAGGUUACGAGCAAGAGCUGAAGAAUGCUAAUCAGAGGAUACUGCUUUUUGAAGAAAAGGUGGCCAGAUUGAAAAUUGACCUCCAGAAGUAUAAAACACUGGAAUCCACCAACAGUUUGGAGCCUGAGUUCGCAUUAUCAACUGAAGAAAAUGCUAAGACAAGGGAGGCUUUGCCAGAACCUGAGAUGACUCAAGAAUCACAGCUUCAAGAAAAUAUGGACAGCUUGGAAGCUGAAACCAGUGAAUCCAGUAGCAACAUUAAGGCACUGACAGACGAACUCAAAAUCACAAAAGAGAAGCUACUGCAGGCAGAGAAUAAAAUUGCUAGUUUGAAAGAGCAGGUUGAGAAUGAUAGACACUCUGAAAAAAUCAGCAGUUUGCAGGAUCAGCUUGCAUCAGCUAAUGGAGAAAAUCAUACAUGGAAAAUCAAGUUCAACGCAGAAAGAAAGGAGGUGACCAAGCUGCGGGAAAAUAUUGCGAGGUUGAAAACUAGUUUAUCAGAUAGGGAUCAUGAGAUUAGAGACUUAAAAAUAGCAGUAUCAGAUGCUGAGCAGAAGAUCUUUCCUGAAAAAGCACAGAUAAAGGCUGAAAUAUCUAGGUUGUUGGAGGAACGAAAAUACUUAGGGGAGCAGUUAAAAGAUUGGGAAUCACGUAGCCGUUCUUUAGAAGAUGAAAUUAGAAGGUUACAGACAGAAAAGUCAGAAACGGUGGAAAGACUGGAUUGUGAAAUCAAUCAGUUAAAGGACAAAAUUGAUGAACGAGAUGGUCAUGUGGAAAGUCAGAAUAAAAUCCUUGGUGCUUUGAAGUUAGAGAGAGAUGAGCUUAGUGUGCAUGUUACUGCACUGAAAGCAGAUGUAAUCUCUAGAGAUGAUAGGAUUGAUCAGUUGGAUAAACAUUUACAGCAAUUACAUAUGGAGCAUGUGAAGCUCAUUAUUGGUGCUGAAGAGGCGUGUAAACUGGUAGAUGAGUUAAAAUCAAAAGCUAAGGUUUUGGAAGAAGAAGUUGAAAGGCAAAGAAUUGUGAUCCUAGAAGUAGCAGAACAGAAACGGGAAGCUAUCAGGCAAUUAUGUUUCUCACUCGAACAUUACAGAAAUGGGUAUCAUAGGCUUCGGCAGGCUAUCGUUGGGCACAAGAGAGUUCCAGUUUUGGCAGCAUAAGUUAGUAUGCAUGUACUAUUGUAUGCUUCUCUCCAUUUUUUAUGUGUUUGAGCCUGAGUAUUGCCAUUUUUCUUGUUUUGAUGUGGAUAUUAGGUAUAUUUUUAUCAUAGUUUAGUGUAUGGAACUUAUGGUUAGAAGCAUAAAGAUGGAAGGAAGAUGAACUGCAGUCUGCAGUUGAAGUUUCUCCUUAUGACGAGGAUGGUACUUGCGACAAAAGAGCUGCCAUUUUUCUAGCGACGAAGACGGUGCCACUCACAGAGGUAAUCUUCAAGAGAUGGUGGUCUAUCAAUUCACCAUUUGGUUCAAUCUUCAUCCUCAAUUCUCGAUAUGUAAUUCUAGUUGUCUCUUGAUCUUUAUCUGCGUUUAAAUGUUUUGUAUUGUGUAUUUGAAUUUUGAAUAUAAUGAAUUUGCGAUGUUGAGGUUUUGGAA